ACAAAACUGCCAUCUACUGGCAAAUGGUAACAUUUAUAAAAUGCUUUUCAUUGUAUUUCUUUUCAUGGAGUUAGAAGUUUUGAAUCAUGUCGUCGGUACUUGUGCCUGAAAUUCCUGCACCAGGAUUUUCUUUUGAUCUUUGUCAACGAAACAAUUUUUUAGUAAAGAAAGGAUUCCAAGCUCCCAAAGCUGUUAAAACAGGAACAACAAUUGCUGGAGUUGUUUAUAAAGAUGGAGUUGUUCUUGGUGGUGAUACAAGAUCAACUGAAAAUACCAUAGUUGCUGAUAAAAACUGUAGUAAGAUUCAUUAUCUUACUGAAAAUAUAUAUUGUUGUGGUGCUGGAACUGCUGCUGAUACUGAAAUGACAACUCAGAUGAUAUCCAGUCAAUUGGAGUUACAUCGUUUAAAUACUAACCGCAUAGUGCCAGUCUGUACUGCAAACGCUAUGAUCAAACAGUUAUUAUUCCGUUAUCAAGGCAACAUUGGAGCAGCCUUAAUAUUAGGAGGUGUUGAUUUAGAUGGACCACAUUUAUAUUGUAUUUAUCCUCAUGGAUCUUCAGAUCGUCACCUUUAUACAAGUAUGGGUACAGGAUCGUUAGCUGCCAUGGCUGUAUUUGAAAGUAGAUGGAAACCUGAUAUGACAGAAGAGGAGGCUAAAGAAUUGGUUGCAGAUGCUAUUCGUGCUGGUGUAUUUAAUGACUUGGCUUCUGGUUCUAAUGUAGAUUUAUGUGUCAUACGUAAAGGUUCUGUUGAUUAUUUGCGUCCUUAUGAUGUUGCUAAUGUUAAGGGACAGCGCAAUAUAUCAUACCGCUAUAAACGUGGUACUACCGCUGUGCUUAACAAAAUGGUUCAUCCUAUAAUCAUUGAGGGAGAAACUGUACGUAGACUUGAAACAGAGCCAAUGGAUACUUCAUCUUAAAAUAUAUAUAUUAAACAGUUUUAAACUUUUCAUUUGGAUAUAUACAUGAAUUUGUAAUAAAUAAAGAUUUAAUUAUAACACUUAAA